AUGGGUGAUAAACCUCGUUUAUCGGUAGCUUCAUCGACUGGCUUAAAAAAUGUAGCUGCCAUUAAUCAAUUCAAACGAUUAUAUAAUCAACAGAGUAUAAGUUCUUUUUCAAAUCAUGAAGAUACCAGAGAGGAUCGAAUUGAACUUGAAAAUCUAUUAGGAACCGAUCAGCUUGAGAAACUACGCACACAAGGAUUUUCCGAAAGUAAAGUUCUUGAUAAAGAAAGUUUUAUUCGAUUUCUACGUCAUACAUUAAAUCGUGGAAGUGAUAGAGAUUAUGAAGAAUUAUUUGAAUGUGUGGAUGUAACUAAAGAAGGUGUUAUUUCAUGGGAUAAAUUAGCAACAUAUUUAAUGUUAAAAUUAUACGAUAACGAUGAUCGUGAAAAAGCAUCAUCAGUACCAAAUUGGAAAAGUGGAAAGAAUCUAAUGAAUGCUCAUCGAGAUUCAGUUAAACGCAUUCAACAUAUGGAUAGUUUCAAUCGCUAUAUAUCAAUUAGUAAAGAAGGAACUGUUUGCAUUUAUAAUGAUGAAAUGCAAUUGUAUAAAACGUUCAAAGCUGGAACAGAAAGUUGUAAAAUACGCGAUUUAUGGAUCACUGAUUUUGUAUUAAUGACAAAUGUUAAUAAAGUUGCUGUUGCUUAUACGUCAAAAGAAUUAAUUAUCUAUGAUAUGACGUCGAAACUUGAGUUAAGUUUAGCGUAUCGCAUUGUUGGUAUUGAUUCUACACCGUAUUGUUUGGAUUAUUGGUCUGAUACGGAAAAUCCAAAUGAUGCGAUAUUGAGUUGGGGUGAUGUAAAAGGUGAUGUUCAUGCAAUUUUAUUCAAUUCAGCGAUAAUUGCACUUUUUGAGCGACCACCACAGCAAACAAACAAUGCGGCAUAUACAAGAGUUCAAUUAGAAGAUAUAGAAAAUGGAAUUUAUAAAAAUGCUUCUUAUUUGACAUAUCAUGCACAUGCAGAAUGGACUCGACAAAUUAAAUAUGCUGAUCAUCUUGAAUGCUUCAUUUCAUGUUCAACAAAUACGAAAACAGCUUUAGUAUUUGGUUGGAUGGACAAAUCAGGCUUAACAGUACGAGUCAAUUAUUCAGUUCGUAUUCGACAGUUACGUGAAGUAAGAAAUGUGGUUGAAAUUAAUCAAGGACUUAAUUCCUUUGAUUAUUCAAGAAAUUUUAAUUUAAUUGCUCCACCAACCAUUCUUUCAGUUGAUAAUGAAUCAAUUUUUAUUUUAGCAACUGCUGGUGUCAACUAUCAAGUUAGCUUAUGGAAUCCAUUUGUUUUAUCAAAACCUAAUGGAAUUCUUCGUGGACAUAUGCGCUCUGUUCUCUACGUUCAAUUUAUUCCAAGUCGUGGUCAACUAUUAAGUUUCUCAAAAGAUAAAAUAUUACGUAUAUGGGAUGUUCAAUUGCAAAUAUGUCUUCAACGUUUAUCAAACAUAUUUCCACGUGGACCUGAAGGUAAAAGAAGCAAAAAGAUCCUACUCUUUAUUUCGUUUUUUUAA